AUGCCUGACUCGACCGGACCCGCCACAUCUGCUGUCAAGCGCGCAUGCGACUGUUGCCAUAAGAGAAAGGUCAAAUGCAUCGGUGACGGUACCCGACCUUGCAAGAACUGCACUGCAGCUGGCCUGACAUGCACAUACAAUGCCAUCCCCCAGAAGAAAGGACCCAAGGGAAGCAGAGCAAAGGUCAUCUCUGAGCUUCGCGAAACACAAAGGCAGUCGCAAUUAGCAGCUCGCGCAAGACAUGGAUUGGGCUUCGAGGCAUCACAAUAUGCCAACGCCUUCUCGAGGACACCGGAUCUGCUGUCCAUGGAGCUCAUCACGUCAUGUGUCGACUACUUUUUCGCAAACAUGUACCCGACACAGCCAAUCCUGCACCGCCAAAAGGUUGGUGAGACAAUUGGAAAGAUGGAGAACUCGGUAGAAGCCUACUGUCUGGUCGUGUCGCUCUGCUCAUACAUGCUCAUCCAACCGAACACUAAGCUCCCCGCUGGUAUUGUUCCGGAUGCCGAAGUACCAAACGCCCACCUCAACUUGGGCAUGACGUUACUGGACGAAGCCAUCCGCGUCCGAAAAGGAUACGACUAUAUUGAGAGCCCCAGCAUCUGGUCGGUCAUCACAUCGUUCUUCUUCUUCGGUGCGCAUUUCUGCCUGGACAAGCACAACACCGCCUGGUUCCAUCUUCGCGAAGCGACGACGUUAGCGCAGAUCAUGGGCAUGCAAGACGAGAACCAUUACAGCCAAGGGGACCUUAUUGAGACAUCGCGACGCCGACGACUGUAUUGGCUCCUGUUCAUUACUGAGAGAGCAUAUGCCAUCCAGCGACACCGCCCCCUAACCCUGCAUGCCACUAUCAACCUCCCCACCCUCAACGACGAUCCCGCAGAAACAGUCGAGCUUAGUGGAUUUAUCCACCUCGUAACACUCUUCAAACCAUUCGACGACACAUUUGUUGGACUUUGGAACAAAGCUCGUGUCGGCUGCUCGACCGAGUGGUUGGCAAGACUUCAGAACCAACUUGCAGAAGCACUUCCGGCGUAUCUGCACAGCACCGAGAGCCAGGCAGUCGAUUUGAGGACAUCGCAACAAUGGCUCCGAACAAUGGUCUGGCAGCUCUCGAUCAGCCAUGGCUACCUGUCCUCGGCUGCAGCAGACAGCACCAUGAGCUUCAAAUACCCCAUCGAGAUAUCCAGAGAUCUGAUAGCCGCAACCAGUGGCUUCUCGCAAGCCGCUAUGGAGGUCCACGGCAUUGGACUCGUCGAGAAGCUCUUCGACGUCGCAUGCACACUUACCGAUGUCAUGUCGUGCGUACCCUUCGAGCAACACACUUUUGAAUACGGUCCCCGUGAUUACCUCAACCAAUUCCUCUCUCUCAUAUCUACUCUCCGCGGCGGCCAACAGCGAUACCUCCCCCUGCUUCUCUCCAAAAUCAACGACACCCUCCCUCAAAUGCCCACUCCAGGAUUCAGCAUGGUCUCCAUGCCCAGCGGUCGCAGCAGGAUCGACGAAAUCUACGACAGCAGCAACCCCGCCAGCGGUGACUCGACACCCUUUGGAGGCAGUCCACCGCCUCAGCCCGUUAACCCUCAGCUCUUCCAAUCUGCAUACCAGGACGACUUCAAGCUUCCUGGACCUACCAGUAACGGGUUCCCUAUGAUGACAUCGGCACCUUCGUACAACGGCAUCCAGACACCAGCGCAACUCCAAGCCGCGUAUCAGAACUCGCGUAAUGCGUAUUCAGGCUUGGGAGGCCAGUCUGGCUUUGACCACAACCCUUGA